AUGAUGCUUCCCUCCCGUAAUGUUGCUGCUGAUUCCGAAGGAGGACAAACACUUGUUAUUUUAAUGGAUCUUGGAAUACACGAUCAUGGUAGGGAUCCCAAAAUCAAGCAUCAAAAUAAUGUUGAGGAUGAUCGUCAUUUUGGAAGUAGUCAUGGGACAGGUCUAUUCCAAAAAUUAUGUAUAAAGAUGAGAAGUAAAAAACGGAAGGGAUUUUCUUCUCAAUUUGAAUUAAUCGGUACCAUCAAAAAAGAAUCAGUGAUACCUUAUUCUAUGGUGUUAUCAUAUCAAUAUAAUUGUAUUCUUGUUGGAAAUCGGAAUUAUGAUUCGCCUUCUGUUGAAGUAUUUGAUUUGGAGACUAAACAACACAUUAAAUCAUGUGAAGUACACGUCACUCCGUAUUAUUUGAAAAUUGAAAAGCUCAAUAAUGAAGAAGAAUAUUUAAUUUGCGUACACUACUCACAUAUAACGAAAUACAAAUUGCGCGACAUUGUUGAUAACCAACACUCAUCUCAAAGUACUCCUAAAUAUUUGUGGGAUACAGAAAUUGCUUACAUCAGCUCUGCAGCUGUAGAUUAUCAUCAAACAGACUCUUCUAAAAAUAUAAUUUUCACUUGUAAAGACUGCUAUAUUGUUAAGGUGAACUCAUUGACUGGAGAAGAAUUAUCACCCAUUAAUGUCCGUAAUUGUACAUUCUCAAGCGAGUUGUAUUGCUUGGAAUUGCUGCCAAAUAGAAAUAUUAUUGUAUUUUGCAAAGAUAGAUUUUUUACCUUAAAAGAGCAAGCCAAUGGAUCAUGGAUUUCAAUUCAUGAGUUUGGUCAAAAUUGCUCUAUUUCGUCCAUUGUAGAUUUUGUUUAUGAUGAAAUCACACACAAUACCAUUGUUUGUUGUUACAGUCCCAGAUCCAUCAUGGUUUUUAAUGAAUUUGGAGAGGCCGUAACGAAACAUGCGGUGACCUCUCCCAUGGCCUGCUGUUUACAUCAAGUAACGGGUGAACUCUUUGUGGCGGAUGAUCAUGACCAAACUGUCAUGAUUUUCAAGUAA